UCAGAGCUCAUUCUCUCUCUCUCUCUCUAUCUCUCUCUAGCUCCAAUGGGCUUUCCCUUAGGCUACACAGAGGUGUUUCUCCCUAAGCUCUUCGUACAAACGCUUUCGAUACUCAGUUUCUUCAGAACCGUCGUCUUCUAUCUCUUCCGCUUCUUGGGUCUCUCCGGCUUCCUCGAAACGGAUCAAACCUGGCCCGACUACCCAUCUUACCCGACCCGAAUACCCGAACUCCGCUCACCUUUCUCCGCCCUACUAAUCCGCGAGAUCUUACCGGUUAUCAAAUUCGAAGACGUGACGAGCUCCGGCGAAGAACUACCAGGAAACUGCGCCGUUUGUCUCUACGAGUUCGAAGGAGAGGAAGAGAUCCGACGGCUGAGAAACUGCAGACAUAUAUUCCACCGGAGCUGUCUCGACCGUUGGAUGGAUCAUGAUCAGAAGACGUGUCCUCUUUGUAGAACACCGUUUGUUCCAGAUGAGAUGCAAGAAGAGUUUAAUCAACGGUUAUGGGCUGCUUCUGGUGUUCAUGACUUCCACAUCGAGUACAGUCCCUUGUCGGAACUUUAGAGAAAGCUACUUUUGUCUCCCUCCCUCCUUGUGUCUUUUCUUUUCUUUUUUUACUUUUUACCACUGUACUUUUAAUUGUGCUUUUUCACCCUUGCUAACAUUAGAUUUGCCACUUUUAUGUGUA